UUACAGGUAUUUGUAAAUAUAUACAAGAGCGAGUGGAUAAGGCAGGAGCACAGCAGACUAUCAGUGACCAUUCUCACACAGGAAAUGAAGAAAAUUUGUUUUUUUAACCGCCUGUUCGUCUCGUGAUAGUUUGACGCUAACAUGGAAAAAAGUAAAAUGAACAUCUCGGUGGAAAGCGUCGAUUGCUGUCUUUGUUUCGCAUAAUUUCUGCCCGGCGACUUCGGAAUGAACAGCGUUGUUAUCUUAAAGCUUUGGUAAUGACCAUUAGGCAAAAGAUUCAUGAUGGUGGUCUUCGCUGAUCUCCAAAUAGAAAUUUGAAGCUGAUGGACUCAAGUAGAAGUCCAGACAUGCACAUUGGUAGUAGUGAUGUGAAGGAUAUUCCAGUGCAGGGUCUGAUAGAUGGAGCUGAUGAACAACUGCACCUGCCAACUGAACAUGGAAUGUUUGAAUUAAUGGUGUCUGAUCCAGAGGAUGACUUAUCCCUUGGCACUGAUGCACAGAUCUUUUCCAAGGACAAAAUACCACAAACCUCACCUGGAGGCUCAAGCAAAUCUGCUGGGUGCUUUUUUGAAUCAUCUAGUGAUAGCACAGGGCCCCCAGGAAGAAACAGAGAGUGUAGAAAACUUUGUAACAUUGGAAGAGCCAACAGUUCAGACAGCAUUUUGUCAAAUGUUUCUGAUUUCAGUCGGACCUCCCACGAUGUAAGCUCACUGCUGAACGCAAUGACCGUUGAUCCGGAAGAAUUUCUCAGUGAUCUGGGAUUUGCCGACACAGAACUGCGUAUGCGUAUUCCCGAAAGAUUUUUUCAGUCGGCCUCCAGUGCGCAAGGAAUCGAUGUGGAUUCAUUUCGAAGAAGUCUUGACACGGACGAUUUGUAUGGAUCAUCGCAGUCCCAAGAGUCUUCGGUAUGGUCGGACCCAGGCUCCAGAAGGAUCCCCUCCAGGUUUAUCACGUGUCACACGGAGCCAACAAACACGUUGUGCAUGGGGCCCUUUAGCUCUGUGCCCCUUAUCUCUGAGCCUGAAGAAACGUCUGAGGAGUCGUUUGAUCUAAUGAGGCACCUUAGACUCAACAAACCACAACACGUGACAAAGGGUAUGUACCUUGAACCAGUUACAGAAGAACUUGAAGUGUCUUCGGUUGGAAGUGGAACAAUUAGGACGAGAAUUUCUAGAAAACUCUCUAACGAAGAAGGCACGAUCAUUGUACGAGAGGAGUCGUUAGAACAACCGAAUCAGGAUUCGGAACUAGUCUUGAAUGUUCCUUCGGUUAUUGUAAGCGAGAAAACAAGCUUUGAUUCGAACGAGCCCACCGAUACCAAUUAUACUGAAAACAAUCGAGAAGAGGCGGUUAUCAUUGCAAAUUUAAACGUUGAAGAAAGCAAGAGCAUUCCCGCUAGAGAGGGUACAUUGUUAUAUCAUGCAACGAGUUCGUCAAGCAGUGUAGAGGCAGUGAAUUCGAGCCAUCACAACACAGACAGCGAUAAACUCGCGUCAAUUACGAGUGAUUACAGUGAUAUGGAUGAAUUACCAGGGAACGCAGUCGUGGAUUUUGAUCCAGGGGUAACAGAUGUUUCUCCUCACGUAGCAGUCCCAUGGCACUUGAAAGUUGCAAAUAUUGCUGUACAAGAUUCUUUUGAACUCGAAGAAAUCGGAAAUGAGGAUUUUAACGAAAAAGAAUCGUCAUCGUUUGUAGAUGAAGAAAGCGGGUAUAAUUCCAAGGCAUCAGACAAACGCUUGACAAGAGAAAAUAGCGGGGAAAGUAGUGGCUUUGAAGAAAUGUUUCCCGACAAAGACGCAACAAGUUCAAAUUCUUGUUCGCCUGUUUUGAAUGCGAAGGAAUUUUCCACUAUCGAAUGUACUUUUGUUAGCCAGGUAAGGCCACUGAAAGCUCUUUUGGAUCCUGAAAUGAUUUGCAGAGCAGUGGAAGAAAAAUCGCCCAGAGCGACAUUUGUACAGAGGAGAACUAAAUCUUUGACAAAACAGCGACCAGUUGACGAGGAUAGUUUUGGAUCAUGGGUCUCUAGUUCCAGUUCACCCCUGUUAAAAUAUGUCGCAGGGAGUUUAGGGAGCAGUGUGGGUCAAAAUUACGCGAAUACAUUGGUUCAGAAAGGGUCAGGUGUUCCUUCGCGAAGCACCGAAGAACUUGUGGAUCCUGCUAGGAAAUCUAAGGUAGAAGGGUGUGAUGGUAAAGUGGACGAAAACUGUAACAGAAAAUCAAAAUUUGAUUUGGAACAACGGCCAUUAUCUGCGGUUUCAUCCGCGUUCGAUAAAGAUGGUGAUACUCUCGAUAAGGAUAACAAUGUGGCUGCUGAAAGCAAAGAAAACGAAAAUACAAAUCAUGCAAAAUCUAAAUCAAGUUUUGAGAAUGACCCUCACAUUGGGAUUGGACAAUCUGAGGUGGGCCUUUUUGUGUUAGGAACGCCAGACGAGGGCAGUGGCAGUUUUGUAAAGGACAACAAAGUUUCUCCUGAAAGCUUUCAAAACCAAAAGCAUUUUAAUGGGGAAUUGUGUGCGAUUAGUAAGAAUGAACCUGAUAUUGCUAUGAGACAAACUACGAUAAGUCCUGUUGUAUCAGGUACAUCAGAAGUAGACGAUACUUGGGAAGAACAGGAUGACAAAGUGCCAGCUAACAGCUUUGGCAUGGGAGAUCAAGUAAAUGUAGAGUGUUUCUCCAAUGUUCCGAUUAAGACUGACACUGCGAUGAAUAAAUCUAAGGUUGGCCCGAUUAUUCGAAAUAAUGUAACAGGUGGAUGCCAGAGAAACAUAUCUGACUCAAGCUUAAUUACAGAAGAGUUAGUUUCGCCGCAAAGUUUACGUGAACUUGCAGAUGAUGGUUAUUUUCAUGCCAAGUUACUCCAGACUAACUCAGAUAUCGAAAACGAAGCAGAAACUUGUGUUAGUGUCGCUGCUUGUGGUAACCUUUCAACGUCUUCCCUUGUGGACAACGAAGACGUUAGUGCAUGCGUAGAACAACAACAGAGGAAGGAAUCUCGAAAGGCUUUGAAAAAGGUUGAUUCUGAAUGUCAAAAGCAUUACCUUCAUGAGAUAAACAUUCUAGAGCAGAGCAUUAAAAGGUAUGAGUCAAACUUAUCUUCCGAGGGACCACUGGAUAGAGCCAAAGCUGUUGGUGAUACUGAGAGUGUACUAGUGAGGAUCAAAGAAGAAACGAAUGCUAUUCAAGAAUUGCGUGUGAUGAUUGGUUCAGAACUCGAAAGAAUGAAGUUUCUUCUUUCGGAACGCAGAAGGCUGUUGCUUGCAGGAGUUGCGAAGAGCCCAGUUUGUUUCGGUGUUUCUCAAAGGAUGGCAGACCUUCUUCGGGAACAGUCGUCGUUAAAUAUUGGACUUUCGAACAUUAACGAUGAAUUAUCGAUUCGAGAGAAGGCUUCACGACGGGCCAGGAUAUACGCGCAGAUUGAAAGCAUUAAGAAAGAGUUGAAAGAGGACAGGGAAAAGUGUAUGAAGGAGUUUCGUGAAGAGAUAAAGGAAGGCCUCGUCCGCGAGUUGAGUGAAAAGUUUUCAACGGAGGUUGAGUUGCUUCGUCAAGAAGUUCGGUCCAAAGACGCUGUGAUCAAGCAGUUGAAGAAUCAUGAACAAGCAGAUCUAAAUCAAAAUCUUGAUCAUCUGGAGCAGAGUUGAAGUCUAGAGGGAGGGUAGAUUGAGGGAAGUUUUGUAAGCAGUUUCCUUUUUCAGACAUCUUGUUUCAUGUGCAGUAUCGGCAGUAUCGCUGACACCGGGAAACCGUGAAGUCGCUUAUGGGAAAGAUCUCGCGGCGAUGUGUUUGGUAAAUUCAUUUUUUGAUGGUUUCACGAUCUUGAGCAUUGUUGAGUUCCGUGUUUCUUCCCAUCAAUACACUCAGAUUUGUUGUUUUAGUGUUUUGUAAUGGACAGUCCUUCGCGACAGUGCGUUUUCUUAGGAAUUGUUUUCCGAUUAUAUUUUGUGGUGGAAUUUUACUUGUGGCAGGCCACAAUAAUCACGAAUGAAAUUAUCCAUCACAUGCAUUCAUCCAAAGCUGUAAGUCUACAUUCCAGUUUAGGAUAUGUGACAUAUAUCAACAACUGUUUGGUUGUAAACUAAUUGUAAAUGUAAGUGUAAUAUUUUGAAAAGGCGCGUAUUGCCUAAAUCAAUUAUAAAUGCUUUAAUAUACAUUCAAGACGUCCAUAGAGCUGCUUAUCUGUUUGCGAUAGUAGUCAUCUUUUUUUGGAGCUUUGUCUUCUUUUCCUUCUAAGUAUGAGUUCAUUAAGAUCAGUUAUUGCGAGUUUUAUUGGAUCCAUCCUCAACCUUCUUUCAUUUAUAAAACAAAACAGCGGUAGUCUAGUUCCCACGUCUUCCCAACUGAAAGUGGACGGGGAAAACAGGGAAUGACUACAAUACUGUCUCAGCAAUUCCACACAACUUAUUCCCAUUCAUGGUAUAAUUUUAAUAGUGCUCGUGUCAAAUAAUCAGCUACAAGUGAGUGAGAGUCUUUUGGAAGAGGUAAAUCUUGAAAUCGAAGAGAGCCCUGUGAGAAUAUAGCUCAUUUUUCUUUAAUUGUUUUUCGUUCAUUGAGUUGAAAUUUAAAACAAUUUUCUUUUAUAAUUUAAGGUGCAAAAAAUUAUACUUCUGUAGUGAAAACAGAAGCAUAGUCAAUAACGUGAACGAUUCGAUCUUCCAUGAAUCAUAUAGCUGUAUAGAAGAAUUAUAUUCUUCCAGCGACGAAACAGGGUAAUAAGAUGAAAAAGAUUGCCUUUUUUCAGCCAUGAAAUCUUUAUAUUGAAAAAAAACUGUGAAAAUGCAUUAGGUUGAUUUCCACAUAGUUUUCAUAGUUAUAUGUACUUGUAAUGUUAAAUGAAAUCAACACCAAUCGGUACCCAGCAUAGUCAAAUAUUUAAAGAAGAUUGCGUUUACUGGACCAGAACCAUCUUCCUUGCAUGACCAAUAUGUCGUUAAAAACAAAAAAACAAAACAAAACAAAACAAAACAGAACAAAGAAAAAACAAAUGAAUUUGCACAGUGAGACCAGCCUUGUCCUCAAUAGUGCUGACAUGUCAGACCCAACCUGAGGAUUGUAAAACAUGGAGAUGUGAAUAAAGGCUAUAAGUUUUAAAAGAAA